AAUUACAGGCGCUGGAAAGCGGGGCACGUGACACGAGAAAAGGGCCAAGGUGACGGAAAUGCCCGGAUGUCGCGCCUUCUGCCCCCUCCUUCCUCGAAAGGGGCGGGGCUAGACGCAGCAGCCCUCAAAAUGGCGGCCGCGGCUCGACCGCAAACCACCCAGUCUUUUUGCUGGCCGUUCCAUCAGUAGUUUACUCUGCUUUGAACCAGAACUACCUCUGGCACACUGGGAAGACCGCAGAAGGUUGAAGGCACAUCCCUGUGAUUCACACAAGCAUCCGUAGAGCUCUGUCUUGCUCCAGGCAGGCUGUGGCCCUCCUCCACCGACCGAAGAAGAUGGCCUUCACCUUUCCCUUCCUCCUCUGCCGAUGCUGCCGGCAGUGCCGAAGUGCCAGGCACCGGGCGUUUUCGACCACACUCUGCAGCUGGUCGCCAGCCGAGAACAGCAGCUACUAUGACCUGCUGGGGAUCAAGCCGGACGCCACCCUGGAGGAGAUCAAGGAAGCCUUCUUCCGCAAGUCGAAGCAGCUCCACCCUGACAGCAACCUGGGCAACCCCGGCCUGCACAGCGAGUUUGUGAAGCUGAACGAGGCCUACCGGGUGCUGCGGAAGGAGAGCAGCCGGAGGCACUACGACAGCCUGAGGAGGGGCCGGGCAGCCUGGCCCGCCACGGGGAGCCCCACUGGCAGCGGCCCCCCCAGGAGCCCCUUCGCUGCCGCCGACUUCGGAACGAGGAGCAAGUCGGAGCCCAAUGAGAACGUCCGUUACUGGCAGCAGUUCCACGCAGCCCCGCCAGAUUCGCACUCGGGCCCCGAGGCAGAGAGGGAGCUCCGCCAGAACCAGAAGCUCUUCGGCUACUGUUUACUCAUCAUGCUGGGCAGCCUGGCGGUUCACUAUGUGGGAUUCAGGAAGCUGGAGGAAUUCCACAACAGCUUCAUGGAUGAGAAGGACCGCGCCAUCACGCAGAUCUACAACGAGAGCAAGGAGAGAGCCAGGUCCAUUGGCCUCCAGAAGCAGCAGGAGCUGCUGCGGCAGAAGAACACGGAGUUUUCCCAGCGCUACGGCCUCCGGCACGGACACCUCCCAGGAUCCACCGGCGCCUCGGACUCCGUGAAGGACCCCGCUCCUCCCAGCUCCCCUGCCAAGUAGCCAGCUCCUGCAUCCCGCAGCCGGGACUUCCGUCUUCAGCCCUUGCUGGCUGCUGAGGUGGGGGCCGGGCGUUUGGCUGCAGCCCCCUGAUCUCCUCCCCCCCCCCACCCCCAAUAGAAACGUUUUCCACAGUGCA